AUGGUAGGUUUGCUGAAGGUGAAGUUGACGGCGAAGAAUGCUACCGACAACAACGUCAGCUUCGGCAUGCCAAUCGAUCUGGGCCAGAAUAUGGGCGCUAACACGACGAAUAUGAAGUGGGCGAUAAACACAGAUAAGAAUAUGACCGGUAUAGUGAGUGCGUCUGGGAAUGAAACGUCGACGGGAGAUAUCUACAACAUCGAUGAGGAAGGUGGUUAUCAAGGCAGUGCUUUCGGACCUCACUUCACGCAGCAUCCAUGGGCAUGCUUGAACGUAUUGUCGACUACAGUAGCCUCAGGCAAUCUAUAUACGACCGAUCUGAUUAACAGCUUUUAUGGCGAACUCCGGGCAGUGCCUCAAAUACCGCCGCCUUAUGCCUAUCUCCAAAGGAGGAACGAGACCCAUAUGUUGCUAUUUGACACUCCAUCUGUGCAGUCGAUGAGCGACGAUAAUUCCGCAACAAUCACAACAGUGGUCUCGUACCCAAACGCCGAACAGCUGCAAUAA